AUGUCGUUCCCGAACUUGUUUCUCAAGCUGGGGGAUGGGACGCCUAUUGCGUGGUCCUUCUUGGAUUGGACUUUCUGGGACUCCUUAGAGACGGCGCAAAUGAUUGACUUGCUACUCUACAAAGGCACCGACGGCUCUUUAUCAAGCCUUCAUUGCGAGCCACCAUACCGUCAGAGAGGUUAUGCAAAGGCACUCGCCGCGAAGCUGUUCAAGAGGAACUCGAGCGAUUAUGGCCCAGAUGGAUGGGCGUCUGCCGAUGUGGCGCCGGAUAACCUGGGCAGCCGGGGAAUGUGUAAGAGUCUGAACGGCAAGCAUGCAUGGAAUUGCUCAUGGAACAUCCUCCAGUUUGACGAGGAGAAGGAGGCGGAGAGUUAA